AUGCAGGUAGCGUGCGCCAGGACUCAGAGCCAGAGGCUGGCUGCAGACUCGGUGACUGGCUGUCCGAAGUGGGGAUACGAUAUCCUCGAACGGCAAGACGGCAACUUCCGGUGGCGGAUUGAGUCCGCGUUGCUUUGGAAGCAGGGUUUAGAUGCCCAGACUCCAUGGGUCCAGGCUAACCCAGCCCACAUGGCGGGCUCCUAUUUGGGAUUGAAGGCAACAUAUCACUCAUGGCUCAUUAUGACUCUUGUGGUCGAUGCGAAUUGUGUUGCAUGGUUGUGA